AUGUCGUUCAUCCCAAUCCCAGACCCCGAGGAUAGGAUCGUCAAGAUCACUGCCUUCUGCUACAAGAAGCCGGGCAUCUCCUGGGAGGAGUUCAUCAAGCACUGGCGGACCACGCACGUGGAAAAAUUCACGCGGAACCCAAAAGCCGCCUCCCGGUUGAUCGGAUACGUACAAUGCCACAGAGAUGAAGAGGCCAGCCGCCAGAUGGGGCCUGUGCCACUGGCCGAUUAUGACGGCUAUGCUGAGUUCUACGUCAAAACCAUCGAGGACUGGAUAGAGAUCGCGUCGGAACCACAGCAUCUUUCCGAGACAAUGCCCGACAUGGAUUACUUUUGCGAUCCCGCACGAAUGACCUUGCUGAUCACCAAUUACGAACCCCGUUUUGGGGCAGUCCCUCCACUGAAGAAAUAG